UUAAGAGGGGUAAAAUUAUAAAGAUUGUCUUCUUAAUAGCUGUGACAUGCCAAUUUUAAAUGGGUAAAAUGGGACGGAUGGAGUAUUUGCUACUAGUAAUAAUAAUAUCUAAUAUGUGAAUAUUCCUAAAACCCAUGAUAAAUAUAUUUUUUUUCCAAUUCCAAUACCCAUGUAUCUGCAUAUUUACCUCUUCCACCGUUCUGUUCUGUUCUGGGACUUUGUGCUUCCUUCUGGAAAUACUUUCUUCUUCUUCUUCUUUUUGUAGGCGUAUGAGCUUUAGGCGUAUGGAGAAAGGAAAAGUGAAUACAUGUUCUCCUGAUACAGUUCUUGAGGACUUUCUGAGGACAGCAGAAUCUGAAUCAGACUCUUCAAAAGCCAGCACUUCAGAAUUUGAUGGCUCGAAAAAUCAAAGAUCAGGUUCGCGAUGGGCUGGUUUUCUCGAGCUAUUCAGAAGUAAAUCGAAAGGACAUCUGACGAAAGAUCCUUUAAUUAGUUCUAUGAAGCUGUCUAAAAGAUUCAGCAGAAGCAUGAGAGAGACAAGUAGCAAUGUCAUGACAAAUUCCAUCCUGGAUAAUGGUUUGAGCUAUUUUAAGCCACAAUGGAAACUUUUCACCCUCUCUGAGCUCCAAAAUGCAACCAAUAAUUUUCACCAAGACAAUUUGAUAGGAAAAGGGGGUUAUGCUGAAGUUCACAAAGGACAGUUGCGAAAUGGCCAAUUUAUCGCAGUUAAGCGGCUGACGAGGGGACCCCAAGAUGAGAGAAUAGGGGACUUCUUAUCUGAGCUAGGGAUAAUGGCACAUAUCAACCAUCCAAACACUGCUAAAUUGUUUGGUUAUGCUGUUGAUGGUGGACUCUUUCUUGUGCUUGAGCUAUCUCCUUAUGGAAGCUUGACCAAUAUGUUGCAUGCAUCAAAGCAGAAACUAGAGUGGAAAAUCAGGUAUAAGGUAGCCAUAGGGAUAGCUAAAGGGAUAUUGUAUCUUCAUGAGGGUGGUCAAAGAAGGAUUAUCCACAGAGACAUUAAGGCAGCAAACAUAUUGCUCACAAAGGACCUUGAACCUCAGAUAUGUGAUUUUGGGCUUGCAAAAUGGCUGCCAGAGCGAUGGACUCACCUCACUGUAGGCAAAUUUGAAGGAACAUUCGGCUAUCUUGCUCCCGAGUUCUUGAUGCAUGGCAUAGUGGAUGAAAAAACUGAUGUUUUUGCUUUUGGAGUGGUACUUUUGGAACUUAUUACUGGACGUCGAGCCCUUGAUUACUCUCAGCAAAGCCUCGUCAUUUGGGCUAAACCCCUGCUGAAGAAGAGCAGAAUCAGUGAGCUCGUUGAUCCUUCACUUGCUGAUGACUACAACUUACUACAGAUGAACCUCAUGGUCUUAGCUGCUUCUGUGUGUGUGCAGCAGUCUUCAAUUAAGCGACCCCGAAUAAAUCAGAUACUUCAGCUUCUAAGAGGAAACGGCGAAAGCUUGGAUUUAAUCAGGAGAAUUAGAAAACCAUCACAUUGGAAGAGGUAUUACGAAGAACUCUUUAAUGCAGAAGAAAACAAAAUGACUAGAGGCUUAAGUGGUUUAAGUCUGCAGGAACAAAUAGCAUUGGAAGUCUCUAAUAUAGUGAGAUGAAUCUGCCUCGAGGCUCAAAUGCUUGUUUGGGUUGUUAAAACCAGACAUCUUUUUGAAGAGCGGAAGAAAUGUAUUCAGUUUGUUUCCCCUUCGUAGUUACACCGCAAAGUUUCUCCCUGCAUCAAGGCCUGUUGGUACUCGGAGGCGGAUUCGGGACUAGUUUUGUGAGCUCAACUAAACCCAAGUAGAACCUAUUACUUUUGGAUAACGAUGUAUGUAUAUAUGAGAGAAGCAUUUAAUAUAUAUAUAUAUAUACACACACAAGAUCUUCAAUAUCCAACUCCUAAAUUAUCAAAAUCUAUGAUCAGUGUGGGAAGAACAAGCAAAUGAGAUGCAGCAAAAUUUUUGGCAAGGUUGAUUUUUCAGUUGUACAACUGGACAUGCUUGUACAUUUUCAACAUGUAAAUAUUUACCACCACAAUCACAGUAUGUAUUGAAAUUCUUUGCUAAAGUUGGGUACUUCUUUUUACUGUA